CUUCUCCCGAAACCUGGGAUCCAAACGGGACUGUAGCUGCUGUAGCCCCUGCAUAUUCCGUGCUUGGCCAUGGCGGAUGGUGAUGAGAUCGGCUCUUCUCAGCUGCACCGCAGGUUGAAGGCUGACUUCGAUGAAGUCCUGCGCAACAGCAUGCAGAGGCGCCUGAAGAACCUCAGAGAUGAGGUUGAAGCCUUAUGCAACACUUUGCAUCAGGCCGAAGCCAUCCCCAACGGCACUGCCCCGGACGCGGCGUCGCCCGUGGACGUGGCGCCGCUCUGCCAGACGGUGGCCAAGGCGCUGCGGCGCGCCAAGCGCUGCGCCGAGGCGCCGCUGAAGAUGUACGGCCCCUCGGAGAAGCAGAAGGGCCGUGCCGAGCCCCCUGAGAAGGAUGAAGGUCUGGUCAUGGAAGGGACUACCCUCCGCUCGACGCUGUCCAGCCUGGAGCAGUCCCUGGCCUCACGCAGCAAGCAGAUUAGCCAUCUACAGGAUCAGCUGAAGGUGUGCGAGAUGGCCCUGGAGGAGAAGAAGCUGCAAGCGGCAGAGAGUGAGUUGAAACUCGCGGAAAUGCUCUCCAAUCCCAACAAGCUCUUGGAGAUAUGUAAGUUUCACCUCUCCAAAAGGAGGGAGAGAGUCGAGAAGAUGGGUAAAGACACCAUCCGACAGAAGGAGCAAGCGGCCUUCUAUCAAGCGAUUGCUCGUCAGCAGAGGGCCUUCUACUUGCAGAGCGAGCGCAUCGCCGCGCACGGCGGCCGACGCUCCAUCGCGCGGCACCGCGCGGGCGAGAUCGCGCUGGUGCAUCAGCCGGCGACGCUCGACGACGAUGGUGCAGAGAUGUUCGACGUGGGGACGGCCGUGGCGAAUCCCUAUGUAUGCGAUAGUUGGCCCUUCGAGCCCAACGUGCUGGCCAAGAGGACUCCUCAAGAAUCCUCGAUGCCCACCUUCGAGGAGGAGACGGAAGAGGAGCUGAAAGAGGCAGAGCUGGGUUUGAGGACCAAUCCUUUCCGCACCGGUCGGCGAUUCCCGGCUUCGGAUGAGGAUGAUGAUAGGUAUCCUGGAACAGCCAGGAGCUUAUAGAUUGACCCACCUAGGCUGCAUGGCAUGCCUGGCAUGCCAGGGGGCUAGCUUUUCGAUUGCUUGGAUGACAAAAGAUCUGGAUCCAAGUUAGCAGCGGUGCCAAUGGUUGUUUGUGCUUCACCUGGGCAGGAUCAAAGAGC